GUAGUUUAAAAAAAAAACACCGCAGCGCCAGUGCCCCGUCAGCGUAUAACUAUCAACCUCGUCAGUUGUCAAAAUAUUAAAUAUAUAAAUAAAUAAAAUUAAUUAAUAAUUAUUAUUAUCUCAUCAACAAUUUUUUAUUAUCAUUAACUCAUCAACACUGUGACAAUUAUUAAAUAAUAAUUAAAAAAUUUUUUUUAUUUUAGAGUAAAGUCGUGGCCACUUGGCUCGCGUAUGUUCAUCAAAAAAAAAAUUCUAGAAGAACAACAACAAAAAACAAAAAACAAAUAAUAAUAAUAUAUUAUUUUAUAAAUAUAAUUUGGUGAUAAUUUAUUGGUUUGAUGAUUGUGGAUUGACGUAUAUUAUAUAUUUUUUUUUUGUUUUCAAAUUUAUAUUUUAAAUUUUUAUUUUUUUUUGGAGUAAAUGAUAAUAUUGAUAAAAUGCGAGCAGCGGUGAUAAUGCUCAUAAGUGUUGCACUCACGUGCGUUGUUAUUAGUAAUGCAUAUUAUCAAAAAAAACAAUUUUAUCCAUCUGUUGUUUAUAUCACCAAGUCAAAUCCAAGUAUGGCUGUUAUUUAUUUACAAGGAUUGAUACUUGUUUUUAUGACAAAUACAUUUUUGAGAAAAAUUUUUUUUGGCAAUCUUCGAGCAGCUGAACUUGAGCACUUGGUGGAAAAAGCUUGGUAUGCAAUAACAGAAACUUGUCUGGCGUUUACUGUUUUUAGAGAUGAUUUUAGUCCAAAAUUUAUUGCACUAUUUACACUGUUAUUGUUUUUAAAAUCAUUUCAUUGGCUUGCUGAAGACAGAGUUGACUAUAUGGAAAGAAGUCCAGUUAUCACCUGGCUAUUUCAUAUACGUGUUGCAUCAUUAUUAUUUUUAUUAUCAUUUGUUAAUGUAACAAUGAUUGAGUAUGCAUACAAUUCAACAUUAUCAAAAGGUGCAUCAGUACAGUUGGUAUUUGGUUUUGAGUAUGCAAUAUUAUUGACAGUUGUAUUAAAUAUUGCUGUUAAAUAUAUUCUACAUACAAUUGAUUUACAAAGUGAAAAUCCUUGGGAAAAUAAACCAGUAUUUUUAUUAUAUACUGAACUUGGUAUUGGUCUCAUAAAAGUUAUUUUGUACGUGGCAUUUGUAACAGUCAUGGUUAAAUUAUACACACUACCAUUAUUUGCAUUUCGUCCAAUGUAUUAUACAAUGAGAAAUUUUAAAAAAGCAUUUCAAGAUAUUAUUAUGUCACGUCGUGCAAUAAGAAACAUGAAUACAUAUUAUCCAGAUGCAACAGCUGAUGAACUUGCUGCUGCUGAUAAUGUUUGUAUUAUUUGUCGUGAAGAAAUGAUAUCAGCAAGUAAAAAAUUACCAUGUAAUCAUAUAUUUCAUACGACAUGUUUACGUUCAUGGUUUCAACGUCAACAGACAUGUCCAACAUGUCGAUUAAAUAUAUUGCGUCCAGCAACAGCAACAACUGGACAAAAUCAAGCUGGACAACAGCAGCAACAACCACAACAACCACAACAGCAACAAGGUCAUCAACUUGGCCAUGGACCAGUCCAUCAAGCUCAACAACAACAAGGUCAACCAAUGCCAAAUGUUAUUAAUCAAGAUGGACCAAGACCAGAACAAAUUGGUAGUAUUAAUGGUAUACGUACAAUGAUUGGACAACCAGGUGUACCAUUUCCUUUAAAUGGUAUGCCACCAUUUUUCACACCACCACCAUUUCCAACAGUUGUACCAAUGCCACCAGUACCAACACCACCACCAAACUUAGCAUCAUUAAGUGAUGAUGAAUUACGUUCAAUGGAAGGAAAUUUAAGACCAGCUGUUGAAUCAAGAAUACAAACAUUACAACGAGUACAGCUACUUGUUGAUGCUGCAGUUAUUAUGAUGAAUCAAUAUCAAAAUGCUGCAGCAACAGCUAAUAUUCCAAUGCCAAUGCCACCAACAGUUGCACAAACAACACUUGCCAAUGAUAAUAAAAUUAAUAAUAAUAAUAAUAAUAAUAAUCAAGAAGCAUCAUCAACAACAAUUGAUACAUCAUCAAAAAUAUUAAAUAAUAUUAAUGUUGAUAAUACAACAACACCAACAGAUAAUCAUAGCACAAUUAAAAAUAAUAAUGAACCAAGUACAUCACAAGUUGAUGACGGUGAUGAUGAAGCUGCGGUGCUUCGUCGAAGAAGACUACAAAAAUUUACAACCACGCAAGUCACUGAAUAGAUUAAAUAAUUAUUUUUUUUUUUCUUUUGUUUUUAUUAUUAUAUAAAUAAAAAUAAUUAUUUAAUUAUUCAACUGUUUUUAUCAAGAGUUUAUAUCUAUUUUCAGACUCUCGUCUUUAAUUCGAAUAUUUUUUUUUAUUUUUUUUCUAAUUAUU